AUGAAUAGUGAUGAUGAUAAUGAAAACCAAAAAGAUGUGUUUGGAGUAUUCGAGAUAAAUGAUAAUAUAAAAGAGGAGGAGGAAACAAAUGAAGAGACAAAACAAAAGAUAGAUAAUAAGAAAGAACAAAAAGAAGAACAUAAUAAAAUGAAUAUUAUUGAUAAUGAUAAUAAUAAUAAUAAUAAUAAUAAUAAUAAUAUUAAAAAUAGUUGUGAUGUUAGUAAAAUGUUAGAAGGAAACGAUUUAUUAUCUUCAACUCACGAUGAAAUAAAGAAUAUAUAUGACUCAUCUAAUGAUAUAAUAACAAUAGAAGUAAAUAAAAAGAAUGAAAUAAAACAAUAUGAUUAUUUAGAGAAAGAAAAUGAUAAAUAUAUUUUAAUAAAUCUUAAUCAUCAUAAUAAUAAUAAUAAUUUUAAAGAAGAUGUUCUUAGUUGUAAUAAAACAAAAGAUUGUUGUACUCACCAGUUAGAUAAUAAAAUUAAUGACAAUGAGUUGGAUCGAAAUUUAAAAAUAUCUUAUGAUCAUAUAUUAGUUGACGAACAUAUAAAUUUUGAUACAUCAUAUAACAUGGAUGAUUUAAAUUACGAUAUUAUAAAAAAUAAAACAGAAAAAAAGGAUAUACAUGUUAGAGAGUAUACUUUGAAUAAUGAUAAUGACAAGAGGGAUAUUAUAAGGACAGAAAAUAAUGACGAUAAGUUUGAUAAAAAAUGUGGUUUACUCAUUUUAAAUAAUGAGCUCCUUAAAGGAGACAAAACAUGUGAUAUAAAUGAUAUUAAAAGGUGUGAUAUAAAUGAUAAUAAUAUUAAAAGGUGUGAUAUAAAUGAUAAUAAUAUUAAAACGUAUGAUAUAAAUGAUAUUAAAACUUGUGAUGAUAAUAAUAAUAUAAUAUGUAAUAGUAAUAAUAUUUUUUAUAAUAAAGAAAAGCCAUUCUUCAUAGAUACAAUUAAAAACUUUAAACAAGAUAUUAUAUAUAAUAAGAUGUUUGAAAGUGUUAGUAAGAAAGGACUCAUAUUCAUUUUAACUAUUCAAGAUGUAUUUAUUAAGAAGACAAAAAAAAUUUUAUGUAACAAAUGUAGAGAUGAAAUACCCACCUUUAAUAAUAUAAAUAAUAUUUUUAAAGACAUGCUAAAAAUAAAUAUAGAAAAACAAACUAGCGAAAUAUAUAUGACAAAACUUUUAGAAAAGAUAAAAAUAGAUUUCUUAAAAAUACAAGAAUAUUUAAAAAAACAAAUAAGAGAUAAAAUACAUAUUAUAAAUAAUUUGAAUGUAAAAAAUGAACUUCUAAAUAAUACUAUUAAAAAAUAUAAAGAAUAUUUUUAUAAAAUAAAAAAUGAAGAAGAAAUUAAAAACUCACGUAUAAAAAUUAAUAUUCAAAAGCAGUUUUUAAAUGUAACAGAUUUUCUUUAUCAUUUAAUGAUGCAUAUAUAUUCUCAACUUACAGAGAAAAAUAAUAAGUUGAAAUUUCUAAUAUCUCAAUUGAAGAGAUUAAAAAUAUAUGAUGAAAAAAAUGAGGAGCUGCUAAAGAAAAAAAAAAAAAAAAAAAAAAUAUUAAAAAAUAAAAUAAAAAUGAAAAAAGUAGAUGAUAAUCAUGUAUCUAAUGUGAGUAAUAGAAAUGAAAAUAAAAAUAAAUCAGAUGUUUAUAAAAAUAACAAAAAAAAAUAUAAAAAUCAAAAAUAUUCUUAUUAUCAUUCUGAUGAUAAUACAAAUUUAAAUAUAAGAAAUACAAAAGAUUUAUUAAUAUCAAAGAAAGGUUUCUCAGAUGAUAAUAAUAGUAAUGAAUAUUCUUCUUUGAAUAGUUCUAGUAUGUGUUUAUCGAAUCAGUUAUGUCUCUCUGAUUUUACACAUAUGAAUACCAAGACAACAUUGAAUAGAAAAAAUAAAAGCAAAUACAAAAAGAAUAUAAAAAAGAAGAAAAAUAUGAAUUCAUAUAAAAAUGUUGACGAAUCCAUAUCUAUAAGUUGUGAUAGUAAUGUUGACAUAGUAGAUAUGCAAAAAAGGGAAUGUCACUAUAAGUAUGAUAAAAAUAUACUUAUAAAAUUGAAAAAAUAUAAACAUAUGUAUGAAGAGGAGUUGAAGAGGAAUAAAACAUUAAAAUUUUUAUUAAAAAAUAAGGAUGACGAAAUUACACAGAUAAAAACUAGUUUCAAAGAAGAGUUAGAACAGAAAGAAAUAUAUUUACAGGAUGAGAAGAAAAAAACAUGCGACGAAAUAUAUCACUUAAAAACAUUAUUAGAAAAAGAAGAAAUGAAUAAUAAACAACUUAACGAUUUCAAUGAGAGCUUAAAAAAAAAAUUAGAUAUAUCGAUAUGUACUGAACAAAAUUUAAAUAAUAAAUUAUAUAAUUUAAAUAUGUUAAUUACUAAAGAAAGAGAUAAAAAUAAAUUUUUAUUAUUACAAAAUAGAAGAUUGAAAUGUAUUAUAACACGAAAUAAAUGUAGUAAAGAUCUUAUAUAUACAAAAGUAAAUAUGAAUAAUCAUAAUUUUUUGAAAUAUAAAAUGAAUUAUCCUAAUGAUCCUAUUUCUAAUAUUGAAGAUAAAAAUAUAUAUAAUAUCAGUAUGAAUGAUUCAGAGAAUUAUAUAUCAGAUACAUAUAUAGAUAGUAACCAUAAUGAUAAUAUAUAUCAUAUGGAUGAUAUAUAUUUACAAGAUAUAUCAGAUGAACAAAUAUAUGAUAAUUUAACAGAUGAUCCUUUAUAUAAUGGUAUUCAUAAAUUUAAAAGACCAAUUUUAAGGAAAUAUUCUUUAGGCCGUAAUAGAAAUGUUUCUCAAAAUAACCAUGUAAAAAGAAUACAUGAAGAUGUUUAUAAUAAUCAUAUAGUAAAUAAUAAAAAUAGUUAUUACAAAUAUUAUUAUGAUAAAAAUCCAUAUAAGAAUUAUCAAAUGGACUUAUCUUAUUAUAGUGAUAAUUCAGCACAAGUGAAAGAAAAACAAAAAAAAACUUGUCCAGAUAUUAAUUUUUUAAAAAAAAAGAAGAUAAAAAAUAAAGACAUAAUCAAAAAGGGUACCAAGCUAGUAAAUCAGUUAAAUCAGUUAAAUCAGUUAAAUCAAUUAAAUCAGUUAAAUCAGUUUGAUGAUGAUGAAAAUAAAAAGAUAAUAAUCAAAAAAGAAAAAAAAAAUUUUAAUCAUAAUAAUAAGAGAAAAAAUGCAAACAAUCAUAGUAAUGAUAAUAUCAUGACAAAUACAAAAAAUAUAAAUACCACAAAAAAAAUUAUGUUAGAUUAUAAUAAUAAUGAGCAAAACAUAUCUGAACAAAUCAGAAAUGAUAUAAUAAAUUUUGAUGAACACAAUUAUAAAAAAAUUAUAAAUAAUAUAACAAAAGAAGAAAAAGAAAUUGAAAAAAUAAAAGAUGAUGAUCUAUAUGCAAUAUUUAUGCAGAACUGGAAUGAAUCAAGUAUGUAUGAUAAUCUUAAAAAUGAAACUGAUAUAAAUAUCUCAUGUUCGUUUAUUAAAAAUUUAAAUAAUGAUGAUAAGAUAUAUAUAAAUGAGAACAAUGAUAUGCCCACAAAUACUACAAAUACUACAAAUACUACAAAUACUACAAAUACUACAAAUACUACAACUACUACGAAUAAUAUUAAAAGUUAUAAUAAUAAUAAUAAUAUCAACAUUAUGGUUAAUGAUAUUGAUGGAGAUAAUAACACUAAACCAGAACAAAUAACUAAUGAUAAAAUAAAAGAUCAAUUUUAUGAUGUAUCAAAAAAUAAUCAAAUAAAGAAAAUAAAUGAUACAAAUGUGGAAAAAGGAUAUAAUGAAGAUAUUACAGAAAAAAAAAAUAUUCCAUUUGAUAAUAAUAACAUUGAUAAUAUUCUUUCUAACAACAAUGAAGGUUCUGUUCCUCCAGAGAUUAUAACGUGCCAUAUUAAUAAUAUAGAAAAUUCAAAUAUAAUUAACAAUCAGAAGGAACAAAGUGAUAAUAAUGAAGUACUUAUGACAUAUGAAUUGUAUAAACAAAAUAAAGAAAAAUAUAUGCAUAUAAGUUUAAAGAAAAAAAAAGAAGAUCAUCAUGAAGGUCAAAAUAAAUUACCACACAUGAGUAAUAAUAAUAAAAAUUUAUUGAUUAGAAAUAUUUUAUCAACCAACAAUAAUAAUAAUAUAAACAAUAUGAAUAAUAUAAAUAGUAAUAAUUAUAAUAAUAGCCCUAUUUGUAAUGAAAUAAUGAAACCAUUCGAACCCCCCAAAAAUAAUCUUAAUGAUGAAUAUACAUAUGAAACUAGUUGUCAUGAACUAAGUUUGAAUAAUAGUGUCAAUGAAAUCUAUAAUAACUUAAUAAAUAAUUAUGAUAAUAACAAUGAAUAUCACUUUUUUCAACCAUAUGAAAGUAAUAAGAGAAAUGUAACUAAUACAGAUAUUAAAAAUAAUCAGGAUAAUAUGAUACAUGCAGAAAUAAAUAUAACUAAUGAUAAUACUUUUAUGUCUAUUCCAAAAAAUAUAGAUAAUUUUAAUGUUGUAAAUGAUAAUCAACAAGAACAUUUUAACAAUGAAGAAAAUAAAUAUCACAAAAUUUUGCCUAACAAUUCUGCUAUCCAAAAUUUUGGAGUUAUAUAUAAACCUGAACCAAUCAAAGAAAGCAUAGAAGGAAAAGACAAAAAUAUAGAUAACACAAAUUCUAGGAAUGAAAAACAUUUUUUAUUGAAUCAUGUAUCUGCAUCUAAACAGAAUAUAUGUAGCACAAAUAAUAUAGAUUUAAAUCAACAUAUAGAUAUAAAUAUAAAAAAUGACAAUCAUAAAAUCAAUGAUGAUUAUAUAGCAACACAUGAUUUUAUGAACACGAGUGGUAUUAAAUGCGGCACAAAUUUGAUAGAUAUUCAAAAGAAUACUCUUCAAAAUAAUUCGAGGGUAAGAAAGAAUGAAGAAAGAGAUAGAGGUGUCCUAAGCCGAAUAUUAAGAAAAAUAUAA